AUGAGCUCAAUAUCUCUGGAGAUAGAUUACGACGAGGAGCCACCGUUUAAAUAUACUAAGAUUGGCGCUGAUGUUUCUACAUCUACGCUCAAAGAUUCAGCCUCUGUAUUGCGUUGUUGUGAUCAGUUUAUCGCACUUGGUACACAUGCAGGCUAUUUACAUUUAUUCUCACAUUCUGGACAUCGUAUUAAAGCCUUUAAACCGCAUUCAGCCACGAUAAGUGAUAUAUCGCUAGAUAGUGAGCAGAAUUACAUAGCAACAGCUUCAGUAGAUGGUCAGGUCUUUAUAAGCUCUAUUUAUGGUCAAGAGAGAUAUUAUUUUGAUAUAAAACGUCCAAUGCGUUGCGUAGCUUUAGAUCCACACUUCAGCACAAAGUCAUCCAGAGCGUUUAUAUGUGGCGGUUUGAAUGGUAGACUGACACUCAAUGAAAAGGGAUGGUUGGGUCAUCGUCAGAUUGACUUGCAGCCCACUGAUAGGGAAGAGGGACCGAUUUACAACUGCAUAUGGAAUAACCAUCUGGUAGCCUGGUCGAAUGAUUCUGGUAUACGAUUAUAUGACGUCCAACUUAUGAAAUUGAUAGCGUUCAUCCCGAAAUUGGACAUCUCUCCUCGACCUGAUCUCUUUAGAGUAUCUCUCUCUUUCAUUGAUCAUCACACACUCAUUAUUGGCUGGGGAAGCAUAAUAAGACUCGUUAAAAUACGAUACAGGCAUUCAGCACCUUUGCAUAACUACGAACAUCCUCAAUUACUCGCGGAGAUAGAAUCAACUUUCGAAAUGGACGCUAUGAUUUCUUCUGUUUUGCCUUUCGAGAAUUCGCUUUUAGUUCUAGCUUGGUUGGAACCAGAUGGAGCGUUAUUAAACGAUGAGACUAUCACUGACAAGAAUGCACAACGCAAACGGGCCUCAAAGAGACCGGAAUUGCGAGUGUUAACCCUCGAUGGCGAGGAGAAUGCCGAAGACAGAUUACCAAUUAGGAACUUCUACUUAUAUGGUUGCAACGAUUACAAGCUCGUACCUUCUUUAUUUCCCACCCGGAAUGGUCUCAAGGCCGGCUUUUACUUCAUGUCACCCCGUGAUGUGGUCCGAGUUGAAGCCAGAGAUGAGAUUGAUCACGUUGAGUGGCUCAUAGAGGGCAAGCACUAUGGCGAAGCGCUCGAAUCUGCAAAGACUUUGACCGUAGAGCAUGAUUUCAACAUAGACGAGCUCGGUCAGAUGUACUUACGGUCGCUUAUCACAGAUGGCGAAUACGAAGCGGCUGCAUCGCGUGCCACUGAAAUAUUGAAACUCAAUACCAGCGCAUGGGAAGACUUCUUCUAUACAUUUGCAAACUACGACAAACUUGAUGUAAUUAUACCCGUUAUACCAAAAAAGCAGCCACAAUUAGACGAACAAGUGUACGCGAUAAUACUUCACCAUCUGUUACAGACAAAUCAUAGAGAUUUUUAUACUUCUAUCAUUGAAUGGCCUUCAGAUAUCUACGAUAUCGGCAGCAUUAUAUCAGCAGUUCAGAAUGAGAUUGAGAAUGACGAAAAGGAAAUACUACUAGAGUCCCUCGCAGAGUUGUAUUUACGGAAUAGACAACCUGGGAAAGUACUACCUAUUUAUCUCAAAUUAGAGAAGUAUGAAGUCUUUGAUCUCAUCAAGAAGUACAGUCUUUGGACAGAUAUUCAGUAUCAGGCAUUGGAACUUGUUAAGUUUGACGAGGGGUUGACAAUGUCAGAAUCACAAUCCCAGUGGAUUGAGGGAGGAAGGGGAACAGUGAUAAAGAUGCUGGUAGAUCAUACCUAUUCGAUACAGGUCAGUCGAGUUGUUGAUCAACUACAGCACGAAAGUCGAUAUCUUUAUCUAUAUUUGGACACACUCAGGGAGCUAGAUGGUAUGAUUGUCGAGCCAUACGCUGACAAUAUGGUGGAAUUAUAUGCAGAGUAUGACUACAGCAAGCUGGAAGGAUAUUUGCGGACCAACACGCGUUACAAUCUUGAAAAGGCAUAUAAAGUUUGUGAGAAGAGGGAUUAUGUCCAAGAGAUGGUGUUCAUUCUCGGUCGUAUGGGAUCCAAUAAGUUAGCGCUGAGUCUCAUUAUAGAAAGACUUGGUGAUGUUAAGAGGGCAAUCGCGUUCGCAAAAGAGCAAAGUGAUGAUGAUUUAUGGGAAGACCUACUGAAAUAUUCCGAGAGUAGGCCUACGUUCAUAAGAGGCCUGCUCGAGAAUGUUGGUCCUGAGAUUGACCCUGUGAGGCUGAUAAAGAGGAUCAAGAAUGGUCUCGAGAUACCAGGAUUGAAGGAUGCUUUGAUAAAGAUCCUACGGGACUUCCAAAUACAAAUAUCACUGCUCGAGGGCUGUCAAACCGUAAUGCAUACGGAUUGCCAAAGGAUACUGGAUGAAUUACUGAAAGCGCACUCGAAAGGACAACUAGGUGGUCCUAACACUAGUUGCGCAAAGUCGCAAGAAAAGGCAUAUAAGAAGAAUGAAACGACGUUGGUGUACAACGACGGGAGAACAUAUCUAGCCUCAUCCUUAUUAGGGGAAAGGACAGGCGAAGUCCGACUGAAGACAAUUGACCAAAAGAUAGCCUGGAAAGUUCGUAUGAAUAAUCGAAUAGAUAGGAAUUGAUAAUAUAAUAAAUUUAUUUGUAAAUAUAAUUUUUUAAGAUUUUCGAACUGAGCUGAGCG